GUGUGCUUUGCAAUCCGAGCUGCAGCUCGCUGCUGUCCCCGUCUUUAGUUCCGUGCUGCCCCGGCCGGGCACGGCUCGUCAUCCCGCCGUGCCGCUGCUGACCCCGAACUACAGCUCCCAGCGCCGCCGUCACGUGCCGCGGGUCACGUGCUCGCCCGGCCCCUUUGUUUUGAGCGGCGCUGGCAGCGGCCGCAGAGCUGCGCGCCGAGCGACACGGCGGGCGGCACCGCGCGGAACCCGGCACGGCUCUGCUCGGCUGCGGGCGGCACCGGAGCGCGGAGGGCCGUGGCACUGCAGAGAAGCUCAGCCAACUUUUCUCAAUGACUCUAUAGCCAACUGAUGUAACAAUGGUACUAAUACUGGGACGCAGACUGAAUAGAGAGGAUAGUGGGAUACGAGAUUCCCCUGCAACCAAGAGGAAAGUUUUUGAAAUGGACCCAAAGUCGUUGUCAGGCCCUGAAUUUUUUGACUUCUCCUCGGGAUCGUCGCACGCCGAAAGCAUUCUGCAGAUCUUCAAUGAGUUCCGAGACAGCCGCCUGUUCACCGAUGUCAUCAUCUGUGUGGAGGGCCGCGAGUUUCCCUGCCACCGCGCGGUGCUCUCAGCCUGCAGCAGCUACUUCAGAGCCAUGUUUUGCAACGAUCACCGAGAGAGCAGGGAGAUGCUGGUGGAGAUCAACGGCAUUUUAGCCGAAGCUAUGGAUUGCUUCUUGCAAUACGUGUACACUGGCAAGGUGAAAAUCACUACGGAGAACGUGCAGUAUCUCUUUGAAACAUCGAGCCUCUUUCAGAUCAGCGUUCUGCGCGAUGCCUGUGCCAAGUUCCUGGAAGAGCAGCUGGACCCCUGCAAUUGCCUGGGCAUCCAGCGCUUCGCAGACACGCACUCGCUCAAGACGCUGUUCACCAAGUGCAGGAAUUUUGCACUGCAGACAUUUGAGGACGUGUCCCAGCAUGAAGAGUUCCUCGAGCUGGGCAAAGAUGAGCUUAUUGAUUACAUCUGCAGCGACGAGCUGGUGAUCACGAAGGAGGAGAUGGUGUUUGAAGCUGUCAUGCGCUGGGUGUACCGGGCGGUGGAGCUGCGAAGGCCAGUGUUACACGAGCUGCUGACGCACGUCAGGCUCCCGUUGUUACACCCCAACUACUUUGUUCAGACUGUGGAAGUGGACCAGCUGAUUCAGAACUCCCCGGAGUGCUAUCAGCUGCUGCACGAGGCCAGGAGGUACCACAUCCUUGGCAAUGAGAUGAUGUCUCCCAGGACUCGGCCACGCAGAUCAACUGGUUAUUCUGAGGUGAUAGUUGUUGUUGGAGGCUGUGAACGAGUUGGAGGGUUUAACUUGCCGUACACUGAGUGCUACGAUCCUGUAACAGGAGAAUGGAAAUCACUGGCCAAACUUCCAGAGUUCACCAAGUCUGAGUAUGCAGUGUGUGCCCUACGGAAUGAUAUCCUUGUUUCAGGUGGAAGAAUCAAUAGUCGGGAUGUAUGGAUUUAUAACUCUCAGCUUAACAUUUGGAUCAGAGUUGCCUCCUUAAAUAAAGGCAGAUGGCGUCAUAAAAUGGCCGUUCUUCUUGGUAAAGUCUACGUCGUUGGAGGGUAUGAUGGGCAGAACCGCCUCAGCAGCGUGGAGUGCUACGAUUCGUUUUCCAAUCGCUGGACAGAGGUGGCUCCCCUUAAGGAAGCUGUGAGCUCUCCUGCAGUCACCAGCUGUGUCGGCAAACUGUUUGUGAUCGGGGGUGGUCCUGACGACAACACGUGUUCUGACAAGGUUCAAUCUUACGAUCCUGACACUAAUUCUUGGCUGCUCCGUGCAACUAUCCCUAUUGCAAAAAGAUGCAUUACGGCUGUGUCUUUAAACAAUCUGAUCUAUGUUGCUGGUGGGCUCACCAAGGCAAUAUACUGCUAUGAUCCAGUUGAGGACUACUGGAUGCAUGUACAGAAUACGUUCAGCAGACAGGAGAAUUGUGGCAUGUCCGUGUGUAAUGGAAAAAUCUAUAUCCUUGGUGGAAGACGAGAAAACGGUGAAGCCACAGACACUAUUCUUUGCUAUGAUCCUGCAACGGGCAUUAUCACAGGAGCAGCAGCCAUGCCCAGGCCAGUAUCGUAUCACGGCUGUGUGACCAUUCAUAGGUAUAACGAAAAAGGCUUUAAACUGUAAUUUUUUUUGGAGGAGAAGACAAGGAGAAGAUGAUGGCAUGAAUGAAUCCAGUGGUCUGCUGCAAGGCCGAUUUAUAAAUCCAGAAGUGGGAAAAUGCCCUUUCCCUACCUAAGUGUCAUAAAAAACAAUUGUAUCCUGUGCCUUUUUGGGGAGAGAGAAAAAAAGGAAAAAAAAAAACAAACAAAAAGCAAGGAGGUUUAACUGAAUUAAACUAGUCUUCAGUCUACAAAUCUCUCUAGUAACCAGACUAUGCUGUACUAGUGAUCAGAUGGUUGUCCUAUGUGCGUUUAGUAAUUAAAUCUGGAAGCUUUGUAGGGAAGGUGCCUUCACAAGCACUUGUGCCUGUGUCCCAAGUAGUGAUACCUACAAGGUGUUUCAGGCUCUGCUAAUUGGAAAAGUACAUAGGCAAGUAAAUCUCAGAGAAUUAUCCAGGAUAAUUACCUUCAGUUAAGAAAAACAAACAACUUGUAUGAUUACAAAUCAUAUGCAAUGCAUUCUUACAAGCAGAUUACAUGGCUUAACCAAAUAGAUUUCAUUUCAGAUCAUGCGUGGUUUGAGAUUUAAAGCAAAAGCAAAAACAUACAAAAAGAGUAUUUAUGCUCCGUAGGAGAAAUAUUAGGUAAAUGUUUUUUCUCUGAAGAAGAACAGCAACAUCUUAGUUGUUUUGUGAGCCAGUGCAACAUACUGCAGCGAGGACUGUGUACCUGAAUGCUAUGGACCUCAUUCAUAGUGCUUUUAAAUGCCUACCAGAAGUGCACGGCUACAGAACAUGGAAAACUUGUGACUGCUGGGCUGUAGGUGUGCUCUGUGAAACAAACGUGGAGUCCUGCUUUUUGAAUUCCUGAUGAAGCCUGAAAGUUGCUGGGUUCGCUCCUUGCUCACUGUGAAGCGUCUCUAAACUACUCAAGGGAUAAAGAAGAACGAGCUCUGGAUUCUGCUGCUGUUCAUAAUGGCACUGUUAAUAACCUCGCAGUGGAGGUGGGGGCUCAGUCUGUAUCCUGCAGCAAACAGGUGGGUCUCCAGAACCUGUCAUCUGCAGAGAUGAUUCAAUACCCACCAGGUGUUCCUUGGUCUUUCUUCAGACUGUCACUUCAGCGCAAUUCAACUACUGCAAAAGCUGCUCAGCCAUAGGUCAGGAGUUCUGAAGGUCCUUCGUGUCACUAGAAAAAUAGCUGUGGGGCUGUCCAUGUAGCCAUGAGAGGGAAACUCCCACAUAACAUGUUUUGGCUCUUCUUGAAGCCAGCAAAGCACGUGUAUUUCAACCCAGAUUUCCUUAGUGAAGGUAUUUCUUUUAAGUCCUCUUUAUACUUCUGCACUUGGUCUCUUUAUUCCCAUUAUGCAGCUGUACAGCUGAGGCACAAGUUCAUGAAAACCAAAAUAGCACUUGAGAGCUGGAAAAUGAACAUGACUUUCUAUCUGUCGGUUUCCUAUUAGUCUCCAGAAAACUCGGGAACUCCCUUCCAAAGGAAUUCUGACAGCAGCCAGUAGGGAAGUUGGUCAGUGCCAGGGCAGAGAAAAGCAAACGGCUUCUGCAGAGGUGAGCUGGCCUUAGCAUUCUGUGUCCAUGCUUACUCAGGAGGGACAGAACAAGCACCACCUCUGGAACGCCGUUUGCUCUGCUGGACUUUCUUCACCAUCUUUGUUUCUUCGUGAGAUGGAAAUUCUGACCCUCAGUGAAGCUGUGCCAAAUUGGGAGUCAUCGUUUUCAGUGCCAUGCGGUCAUGACUUUUAAAGAGCACUGGGAGCUGCACUUUGUGAUGCAUUAACUUGCAACCUCAGGAAAGGACACAGAUUUCAGUUUCUGGCUGAAUACCAAACACUGCUUCGUAUUUGUAAAGAAUAUUGAUAAAAUACGAAAUUCUGCAUAUCAACGAUGUAAUUAGGAGAUGAGCCCCAUGUACAUUCACAUUGCCCUGAAUAGGAAGCCAUUUGGAAACCUAAGGCAGAACUUAGAUAUAAAUGAAAUCCUUUUCCAAGUUUCUGGUGUGUCUGCUCACUGAGUGUUGUUCAGAAAGCUUAUUUUAGUACCUGUGAAUAAGGUCCGCUGAUAGCAAUGGUAAAUUGCCCAGUAACUGAUACCAUAUAUGAACACUGUAUAUAACUUGUGCCAUCAUUGUAAAUGAAAAUGUACGAAGCGAUAGGAGCACUUCAUUAGAGAUGCAGUUUGAAACAUAUUCUUCCUUCAUGUUUCUAUUAAGGUUUGUGAUGUUGAUUGUCAUGCUAAGCUGUCUGUAAGCGUUCUGAUUCAGUGUCCUUUAUGUAUAGAUACCCUUUAGUCUGUUUACAAUGCUGCACUACUCUGUAAAUAGUGUAAUACUGCUUUUUAUCAUUCGGAAAACGCGGUUUAGAGUUGCAUUGUAUUUUCUUAACAAGUUAUGUACCGUUUCCUAUUAUUUUUGAAAUGUAAAGUGUUGAGUGAACUGGUAAAUGCAGAAAUGUAAACGUAGGAGAAAACUUCUGCUUACAGCUCUUGGGAGCCUGUAUGCAAAGCCAGACAGUUGGUGUGUAGCAUUGCUAGAACGGCAGUUGUUCAUGCAGUUAUUUCCUUAGAGCAAGCAAACACUUCAUCCUUGCUUUCUGAGUCUGAUUUGCCCUUAUGACCUGCUGUAUUUUUGGAUGUGCUAGAAGAGAACGGUUCAACCAUGUUUGCAGAAGGAUUUGUUGUUUAGGAGGCUGCCUUCCUGAGGCACCUGUUCUCUGAUGCCUUUCGCUUUGGCGUAUAGGAGUCAAAGCUUAAAUCUGCCUGCUCUGCAGCUGACUGCAUGUGGUGGCUGAGCCAGCUGCUUGUUUGUUUCUCCCCCUCCUCAGCCCAGAGGAAAGUUUGGAUGUCUUCCACCACAAUCAAAAGAUUUGCAUCAUAAAUGGUAAGAGCUUUAGCAACUCCAAAGCAAAGCAGUGCUGUCAGCUUAACUCUGUGCAGGCACAGGGGUCAGGUCUCCCCAAAGUCACACCUAAGUGCAGAUAUAAAGAGCCGUCUGAUAUCUCCCUCCAUUAAGCAAUUAAUUCUCCAUGAUGUAUUCCACACUUUAAAAAGAAAUUAGAGUAAAUAUUUUCCUUCUGUAUUUUAAUAUCCACGCCAUCCCGUUCCAAAGUUCACCAGAUAACGUCCUUCCAUUCUUAGCAAUGCGACGUUAAACUGAGAAGAAAGUUAAUGUGUUUUCGUCCUGGCUUUGGGCAGGUUCUGCAUGGAAAACAUGAGUGCAGCUGCUGCCUUUCAUCAGCACGGUGAUGGCUGCUCAGCUUCUGCAGUAGUUGAGCUCCCCUAUGGUAGCAGCUGCAGUUGCAGCCUUCAGUUUCCCUCUGUGCAGGCACGGCACUGCUUGGAGCUCUGCCUCGUGGGUAGGUGGAGCUGUGAAAUUGGCCGCACAGAGACCAGGAGAGCAUGUAGGGCUCGAUCACAGUGAGGCAACCAGAAUGUUUUCAUCUGAAGGUGGGCCCACCAUCAAGGAACAGCAAAUGGAGCUGCCGGUGAGGACGUGCCCUGUGUGUGCUGCCGGCCCUCAGCUGCCCAAACAGCAACAGGGCUUUUCUGCUCAGGUGUCUGUGUGUCCCCACCUGUGUGUGAUAAUGUGGCUGGUUUGACCAUGACGCUGUUAUAAGUGAUGCAAUACAGUGUGUUGAUACCGUAAUCACGGCUUCCUAAGUACUGAGUUCCAAAGAAAGGGUUUGUUAUGCUGACAAAAUCUCCGUGCCUUGAAUUCAUGUCUGUGUGUGGUGGUGAAGAGUCCGGAUCGCCCUCCUGGGCACGGCCAGCUGCUGCUGCUGCUCUUCUGGGACAGAGAAACGCCGCCGCUGGGCGGCAAGAAGCGCAGCACGGCGUGUUCGGAGCACGAGAAGAUGCUCCGAUCCGGCAGCGCUGCGGCGGAUGCAGCCGUGACAGCGGAGCUCGUUCCUGUGCCGUCUGCUCGCAGGGCAGCCCGGGUCAGCCCGCAGCGGGCGGGGCUCUGCCGGCCGUGCUGACAGCGGUUCUGUAGCGUAGCACCAUCGCGGUAGCAUUGACGUAUUGCAUUUAUUUCUUGCAUAGUCGUUUGAUUUCCUUUUUUUUAAGUUCAAUGUACCUAAUAAACAUUCGCCUUUGGA